AGGAUGGAUUCGAAGGUGCUACACCUUGUGCGCCAUGGCCAAGCCUUCCACAACGUCCAGGGUGAGAUUCUACUGCAAAUGAGGAGCUCCUGGAAGAUUUUCCUGGACGGGAGAUGGCGGCGCCUCACGCUCAAGCACUUUUUGAGGGCUUUUCGAUGCCUGUGGCUUCUCUUGUGCUGUAUCGUUUCCCCAGCGCCUCCUCGUCCCUCCUCAUCCCCAGCUGCUGUGAUGCCCAUUUACUACGAGCACGCCGACGCGAGCCUCACGGCUACUGGCUGGGAACAAGCUGAGUUUCUUCACAGGGAAUUCAGGAUUUCCGGAUUGAGAGAUCGAGUGGAGCUUGUUGUGGUAUCGCCCUUGACUCGGACGCUCCAAACUGCAUCUGGGAUUUUUGGAGGAGGGAAUUUCACUGAUACCACUGAUCAACUAGCAGCUCCUCUGAUGGUAGACAACGUUGGACGGUGUCCACGACCAGCCAUCUCCAGUGCAAACUCCCCUCCUUUCGUAGCACUGGAGCUUUGCAGGGAGAAAUUGGGUACCAUGCCAUGCGAUCAGAGGAGUCCCAGGAGCAAAUCCGAAAUUCAGUUUCCAGGGAUUGACUUUUCGAACAUCGAACAGGACCAGGACGAGCUGUGGAAGCCUGACAGAAGAGAACUAGAAGAGGAGCUCGACAAAAGGGCGAGAGCUUUUCUAGAAUGGCUAUGGAGUCGUGGAGAGGAGGAGAUUGCCGUCGUCUCCCACGCAGGCUUUCUGACCAACCUUGUGACAAAGUUUGGCGACGAAGCUGUGAACAAGACAGUGUUUGCGAACUGUGAGCUUCGUAGCGUGAGAUUGAGGAAAAUAGUCACGGGCUCGGACUACGCGUUUGAGUUGACUGCAGCGUGAAUUAAGUGAGCCAUGGAUUCUGAAAGAGUUCUUUUGCUAACUUCAAGCUAGAAGCAAUUUUAGAUCUUAAAACGUAUCUAUAUUUAGCUAGGGAAAAGUUAAUUUAUGAUGAUAUAUCUAGGCAGAAAAUAAUUUAAAAUAUAUUUAAGGGA